UGUGGAUGUCGGCGAGAGAGAGACGGCAGAGCGAAAGAACGACGACAGGCACGGGAUGAGUUUUGGAACGUAUCUCGCCGGCGCUCUCGCUUUUCCUCACGUUGGCCACACUGCGUCGGGUGAUGUCGACACGAGCGACACGGACACGGUUGGCGGGGGCCGCACGUCGAGAUUGGUUAUGAAACGACGAUGGGGCUCGGGCAAUUAUUUUUUUUUUAAGCAGCAAGGCACCCCAACUUAAUUCGCGCUGAUUGUCGUAACGGUGGUAGGGUAGUCAGCGAGGGACGGCGCGUGAUCGGUCGAUCGGCGUGUUGUAAGCGCAUACAGGAAAGCACGUUGUUCAUUGACACUUUAUAACAAUCAAAUGGAGACUGUUAAACACUUGUGGAAUGUCAAUCAGUUCGUGACGAAGGAGCUGGGGAUUACGCCGUUGGUUAUGGACUUGCAGUUAUUUUACAUGCAGAAAUGUAAAAAUCUCAGCAAAAUUAUAGCGCUGCCGCAGCAGAAUUUUGGACCCUUGGUAACAUGUUCGCAUUGUGGAUCACUUUGGAAUACUGUGGGUCAUCAAGUUCGGAUAUUGAGUGGCAAAAGAGUAUCUAAGUCGGUGAAGAAGAUCGUGCGAUGCAUGAAUGAAAAUCCAGAUCAAAAGAUUCCAAAAGUUCGUGCAACUCUGGUGCAGAAAUCUAUAAAAAAUGAGAUGAAUAGAUUGGUCAUUAAAUGUUCUGUUUGUUCCAAAAACACUGAAUUGCCAUUCAAGAAAGAAAGACACAUCAAGCCACUGAAAUUGAAUGAUUCACAGACAGAGACACCGCAAAGUAGUAAGCAAAGCAAAAAGAAAAAGAAAAAAUCAAAGGACAAAACUGCCGGUUUAAAUAUCUCAGGCUGCACACCUGUAUCACAUUUGAACAAGAAAGAUAAUAGUAGAACAUCUGCAAUAUCACCUGUGCUCACGCCUAAAAUAAUACGAAGUAACAAGCCAUUAUCUACUUCCUCUAAAAAACCCAAGAAAUUGAAUAUAGAACGAUUAAAACGUAUCAUGGAAAAUCAAACAACACCUGCAAAAAGAAAAAACUUGCACAGUUUUCUAUCCGAGCUCUAUUGAAAAGGUAGAUAUUUAUAUGCAAUAUGUACAUAUUGUAAAUUAUCAUUGCAUAAUAGUGCAUAAUAUUUUUUAAUAAAUUGUUAUAACAAAUGUCUGAAAUUAAUUAUUAGAAGUACAAUUAAAAUUCCAAAUUUAGAAUCA